AUACAAAAAUAUCGGAUCGAUUAUUGCUGCACAUGUUAUCGAUAAAAAGCAUCUGUUGUAGCAUACAUUUUGGCGCUCCAAGCGCAUGCGCAGUUCCAGACAGCCUCGAAAUCUAUUCUGUCAAUGUCAACACCCACUGGGAAAACCUAUGGAGACAUUCAAAAUGGACUUGGACUUGGAUGCGGAUGUGGCCAGCGUGAGUGGAGCUGUCGGUGUCAGCCAAUACGAGCUGUCCUACGGCGACCAUAUGGACACGUACAACGUUGAGACCUCCGCCGUUCAUCGCAAGCUGCAGAGCAAGGUGGAGGCGUUGAGAAUACUGCGGCAGGAGCUGGAGCAAUUUCGCGUGGAACGGGAUCAAUACAAGCUUAUGGCAGAGACCCUGCAGCUGCGCUACUCUGCCCUGAAACGCAAUAGCGAACUCGUGAGUGUGGGAGGCAAUGGCUGCGGACCCCUCAGCCAGAAUUCGAGUCUUGCUGCCCUACUACACGAGACGCGCGAGCAGAAUCUCAAGCUAAACACCGAAGUGGAGGGGCUGAAGCAGCGGCUGAACGAGCUGCAGGGCGACAUGGAGCUGCUGCGUGAGACGGAGGCCAGCAACAAGUCGCGGGUGCAGGCCAUGGCCAGCGAGAAUGCGGCACGCAACAAGGAGGAGCUGCAAUGGCGACGGGAGCGGGCCAAUUUCAUUUGCCAUCUGGAGAAUCUGAAGAAGAGAAAUGCGCAGUUGGCGUUCGAUUUCAAGUCGAUUAUUGACGAGAAGGAGGAACUGAUCACAGAGCGCGACGCGUACAAGUGCAAGGCGCAUCGCCUGAACCACGAACUAUUUGUGGCGCUGAGGGCUAAGAAAACGCAUCCCAAGCUGCUCGACAUCGAUGGCGUAUUGCUGGAGAACAAGUACCUGCAUGAGCGAGUCAAGAUCCAGGAGGGCGAACUGGAUCUAACCAAACAGAGCAUUUCCAAGUAUAAGACCAUGUUGGAUGCGAAACGAAAAAAAGGAAUUGUCAAACUUGGCGGUGGCAGCAGCAGCACAAACGAUGAAACCAUAUUGAGCCCCAGGCAGGUUAAGACAAUUCUGGAGAGCGGCAUUGAUUUGCCACAGAAAACGGAGACCAUACAUGACCUGAAAUCCUUGUGCUUGGCAUUACUUGAUAACCUGAACGACAAGAACCUAGCUCUAACGCACCAGAAGAAGACCAACAAAAUACUCGCUGGUAAAAUGACAGACUUGGAGCAACGCUGGCAGCAGCUACUGGCCGGGGAUAGUGCUGAUGCCUCACCGGAUCAUGAGGAUGAUGAGGACUAUGGCUAUGCGCCUUCGCAGCUGCUGCUUAAUGGCUAUUGCGCCGCUAUGGUGGAUGACAUAGACAUAAGCAGCAUUCCGUCCACUGCUCCAGAUAAUGCUGGCGGCACUCUGACUCCGGAGGAGCCGGAGGAACAUAAGCACAAACCAAGUAGGAUCGAGGCGCUGCACUCUGACGAUGGCAUGUCAUCGCUCUCCACCGAAUCGGUGGACUCGUCCGUGUACGAGGUCGAUGUGCAGCGGGAAGACUUCCAUAAAUCAUCUUCGGCCACCACAGACUCGGGAAAUUGUGGAUUUGGCACCCGCAGCAAUGGCACGCCGCGCAUAUCCAGUGCCGUGGCCCGGGAAAGAAUUGAGGAUCUGAAGGAUUUGCCACCGCACUUGGCCACCUUGGUGCAGAAGGCACUGCACGAGCUGGACAUGCGGGAUUACGAGGCAAUGGUCACGAUACAGGCGGAGCAUGUGGCCUCUAUCCAUUAAUAGCAAAAACUAGUCCUAUAUUUCUAUAUAUUUUGAAUGCCCCCAAUACCCAAGAGGGGACUCUAAUAGAACCAUAUCGUAAAUGUUGAAAAGAUGCAGUUC